AUGGCGGCGAUGGGCGCGGCUCGUGCCAGCUCCCUCACCGCCGGCUUCACCCCAGUGAGACUGACGGAGUCGCAGUUCGUGGUGCAGAAGCCCUACAACGUGCCGCUGGACGCGCGGUACAAGUUCGCCGGCGGCGUCCGCCGGUUGUGGGUCUACUCCACCGACAAGCCCGGCAGCCCCACCCACCCCGGCGGCGCGCGCACCGAGAUCAAGAUCAACGUGUACAGCUCGGGGGUGUGGCAGUUCAAGGGCGAGGUGUACGUGCCGACGGGCACAUCCGGCGCCAGCAUCAUGCAGAUCUUCGGGGCGGCGCCGGAGCAGCAGGCGACGACACUGAUGCUCCACGUCUAUGACGGCAGCCUCACCUUCUACCACGACCUGCACAGGGUGCUCGCCGAGAACAUCUACGACCGGUGGAUCCAGCUCAAUGUCAUCCACCACGUGGCUACGCGCAACGUCACCGUGUACGUCGACGGCCACAAGAGGCUGAGCUACCAUGGCCCAGGAGCGGCCAGCGCGCCGCAUUACUUCAAAUUCGGGGUGUACAAGCAGUCGCACCACCACCCGUCGCACGUCAUGGAGUCGCGGUGGAGGAACGUUGCGGUCUUCAUCAAGCCAUGA